AUGUCCGAAGCAAUCGAUUUUUCUCUGUUGAAGGGAAGCCCCGAGGAGAGUAAAGCAGUCUCAGCGGCACUGCUCGCCACAUUGAAGACCCGAGGUGUUGCCAAAUUGAAGAACCACGGUCUCCCUGCAGAGCUAAUUGCAGAGAUGUUUGACUACACCAAAAAGUUCUUUGCGCUUCCGUUAGAGGACAAGAUGAUCGCUAAGCACCCUCCCGAGUCUACCCCAAACCGCGGGUACAGCUACGUUGGACAGGAGUCGGUCGGAAGUAUUAGUGGGUAUGAGAAAGGCGUAUCCGAGGGGAAGCAAGUGCGAGAUAUCAAAGAAACCAUUGACAUCGGCUCGGCGAAUGACGAUCUCGUCGACAACAUCUGGGUACCAGAGGAAAAACUCCCCGGAUUUCGCAAGUUCAUGGAAGGCUUCUACGAAAGUGCCUUCAAAGUCGAGCUCGAAAUCUUAGCCGCGCUCGCCAUGGCCCUUGGUAUCUCUCAGGAUGAGAUGAAAAUGCUACACGGCAAAGGCGAAAAUGAGUUUCGCCUACUUCACUACCCAGCAAUCCCUGCAUCAGAAUUAACCGAUGGCACUGCGACACGCAUUGCUGAUCACACAGAUUUUGGCACUAUCACCAUGCUGUUCCAAGACUCAGUUGGUGGACUACAGGUAGAGGACCAACAGAACCUGGGCACCUUCCGAGGAGUAGAGUCUGCGGAUAAGGCAGAGAUUAUUCUGAACAUCGGCGACUCAUUGCAGCGGUUGACAAAUGACACUUUCCGGGCGGCGGUCCACCGGGUCACAUAUCCUCCGACGGUCAAGGUUGGCUCGGAAGAGAUCAUUCCUGAGCGGUUCUCGAUUGCUUAUUUUGCCAAGCCCAACCGCACAGCUUCGCUAUUCCCUUUCAAGAAGUUUAUUACACCUGCAACGCCGUGUCAGUACGAGGAUAUUACGGCUUGGGACUAUAACAAUCUGCGUAUCACCAAACUAUUCAGUGGAAAGGCUUGA